AUGGCGGCCUUUAUCAAAGCCAUCAAUGCGAAGAUUCGCUCACACCCCAUGUUGAGCUAUGUCUGCUCUACACAUUUCUGGGGACCAGUUUCGAACUUCGGAAUCCCAAUUGCGGCCGUGAUGGACACGCAGAAGAGUCCCGAGCUGAUCUCGGGCAGUAUGACAGGAGCCCUGACUAUCUACUCGGCGACGUUCAUGCGGUACGCGCUGGCGGUGCAGCCUAAGAACUACCUUCUCUUCCUCUGCCACUUUGUCAAUGAGGGCGCCCAGCUCACACAGGGCUACCGGUGGAUGCAGUACCAUAAGUGGGGUGGUCGCGAGGAGAUGGAGAAGCAGAAGGUAGAGAGUGGUGUCAAGGGUGCGGUUGGUAAGGUGGAAGCGGAGGCUAAGAACGCCUUGGAUAAGGCGAAGGAGGUUGUUUCUAAGUAAGCAAUGUCUGGAGUC